GUAUAAUCUGAUUUAUAUUUGGAUAACUUUCGUGUGUAUUUUGUGUUUUUUCUUAGGUUUCAGUUUUGAACUACAUAUCCCAUGAUCCAUUGAGGUGUCAGUUGACACUUCCGAUAUUUUCACAUGAUUAGCAAACCAACAAAUCCCUGACGAAUGAAAAAUCCGGCUGAACAAAUUACAAGCAGUAACUUCCAUUCCAGAAAAUAACAUUUAUCCAGAGGACUAAUUGACGAACACAAGCAAAGGUUAGCUUGUUAUCUUAACCAUGGCUCCUGCAGAUGAUAAAAAGCUGACAGGUCUGCUUGCUGCCACAUUCACUCCUUUGACCGCUCAAGGUGAGGUCAACUUAUCAGUGAUUGGACCUUAUGUUGACUACUUGACAGAAAAACAAGGUAUAAAGGGCAUAUUUGUCAAUGGCACGACCGGAGAGAGCAUGUCCCUCUCUGUUGCAGAGAGGAAGGACCUGGCAGAGGAGUGGUGUCUGAGAGCAAAGGGAAGAAUGGAUAACGUGAUUAUACAUGUCGGAUGCAUGAGCCUCAAAGACUCCCAGGAUCUGGCUCGUCACGCAGCAGAGAUUGGAGCCGAUGGGAUAGCGGUCAUUUCUCCCUCCUUCUUUAAGCCCAGAACUGCAGAUGCUUUGAGGAGAUUUCUGCAAGAAGUUGCUUCAGCUGCUCCAACUCUGCCCUUCUACUAUUACCAAAUCCCAUCAUUUACGGGGGUGAAUGUUCCAGUGAGAGAUGUGAUAGAAGACAUUGAGAAGCUCAUUCCCUCCUUCAGAGGAGUAAAGUUCAGUGGGAGCGACCUGUUGGACUUUGGCCAGUGUGUCAGUUACAGCAAGCCGCACUGGUCAGUCCUGUACGGUGUGGACGAGCAAUUGCUAGCUGGCCUGGCAAUGGGAGCCAAUGGAGCUGUUGGCAGCACAUAUAACUACCUGGGAUGCUACGUGAACCAGAUGAUUUCAGCCUUUGAGACUAAAGAUCUAGUCAAAGCCCGAACCAUUCAGUUCAAAAUCCAAGAACUCGUGCGUUACGCCAUAAAACUUGGUUUCGAUAUUGGAGUAAACAAGCAGCUGAUGGCCGAGGUGUCGGGCUUGCAUCUUGGACCGCCUCGACUCCCUGUGAUGCCAUGCCCUCCUGAUCUCGCUCAGCUGAUCAUACAGAAAUACCAGAGCAUUUUUGUCUAACGGCUGGCGUGUCUCAGCUUGUUCAGUUUAAACGAGAAUUCAUCUUUUACCUCGUUCCUGUUGAUUAUGCUCACAAUACUGAAACAAUGAGGCCAGUUACCAUUUUUCACACAUAUAAACUUACCGCUAUUUGGUAUCGGAUGUGCACAUUUAUUUUUGGAAAAAUGUAAAAUGUUACAAAUUUUCCAGGUAACUUAGUUUCUAUUGUAUUCUGUCAUAUUGGACCAUUUCUAGAAAGUAGUGAAUCUUUUAACUACUUAAAUGAGUGAUCGAACUGACUUUCUGGAAAGUUUGUCUUUUUUUUUUCUUUUUUUUUUUAUUAAAGGAGGUAUCAUUUCAGUCAUAUUUUGAUCCAUUAGAAACUAGUCAACAUUUUUAUUUUUCUGUUUUAAUGUAAUAUCUUUACAUUAAAAGAGUCGACUGACAUGAACCGUGAUAGUGAGGGCAAUGUGUGAAAUUGAAUUAUACGGUUAUGUAAAAGAAUAUUUUUACCAAACAUCAAGGAGAUCAUAACAUGUUGCUUUUUAUUGUUGAUUAAUGAGUUUGUGUUUAUUGAUAAAUAAAAGGGAAAUUAACUGAGUGAUCUGUGUUUUAAAGCUUUUGAAAAAUUACUAAUAAAUAUUUUUUGUGAUCCUUG